UAAAUGUCAAAAUUUUGAAAGAUCUGAUUAAUGAGAAUUAGAAAUUCAAAGUAAAGAAAAUGGGUGAUGCUGAAAAAGGCAAGAAAAUUUUUACAAGAGCUUGCGCUCAAUGCCACACGACGGAAUCUGGGGGAAAACACAAAGUUGGUCCAAAUCUCCAUGGUCUUAUUGGAAGAAAAUCUGGAACUGCUGCUGGGUUUUCUUACACGGAGGCGAAUAAGAAAAAAGGAGUCGUUUGGAGCGCCGCUACCCUCGACGAAUACUUGAUAGAUCCCAAGAAAUUCAUACCGGGUACAAAAAUGAUUUUCGCCGGGUUGAAGAAGCCAGAGGAUCGAAAGGAUUUGAUCGCCUAUUUGGAGCAGGCUACUAAAUAAAUGUUCUAUGUGUCUAUUUUUUCUAUUUCUUUGGUUUUUAGUAUGUGAAAAUAUUUUGAUAUGGA